UUAGACUUGUCCAUGAGAGGGGACGUGGUGGCUGCUGCGCCUCCACACACUACACACAUUACACCGGCUGGAUAUUUUUUACUGUAAAAAAAACAAAAUUAUAAUAAUGAAGUAGAGGAAUAAGUUAUUCCACAAUGUCCUGUUUGCAUACAUGUUCGAAAAGGACAAAAUCCGAGGAGCGAGCUUUCCAGGAGCAAGUAAAACGAGUAGCGCAGGAGAAUGGAAAACGGUUAGGUUUGGAGGGAGAUCCAGAUCUGCAGUUCCUGCUGGUCGGCGGGAAGCUGAUCAAGAUUCGCUCGAAGUCCUGGAAGAAGAACCGCUUCUUCAAACUGCAGGAAGACUGCAAGACAUUGUGGUACGAGUCCCACAAAACAUUCAGGCGGAAACAGACUUUCUCCAUCGAUGACAUUGAUUCCGUGCGCAAGGGCCGCCAGUCUGAGGGGCAUAAUAAACACACCCACAGCAGUGAGGAAGACCGGUGCUUCUCCAUCAUCUUCAAGGGCCGCAAGAAGAAUCUGGACCUGAUGGCAGCCAACGAGGGCGAGGCGAAACAGUGGGUCAACGGCCUGGAGAAGAUCAUGAGCAACAUGCUCAACCUCAGCCGCAAGCAGAAGAGUGAGCAUUGGAUAAUCAACUGCAUGCGCAAAGCAGACAAGAACGACGACAACAAGAUGACCCUGAAGGAGGUGAAGCACUUCCUGAGACAGGUCAACGUUGAAGUGGACGACACUUACGCAGCGGACAUCUUCAAGCAAUGUGACGCGUCCAAUUCAGGCUCCCUGGAGGGCACCGAGAUCAAGCACUUCUACGACCUGCUGACGCACCGGGAAGAGAUAGAUGUGAUUUACGGCAAAUACGCUCACACAGAGGGCCAGAUGAGCGCCAACAACCUGCUCAACUUCUUGUUGAAUGAACAGAGGGAGCAGGUGUCCAUGAAGGACGCUCUCAAGCUGAUUGAAAAAUACGAGGUGGAUGAGACAGCGAAGCAGAAGAAGUGCAUGACCAAAGACGGCUUCCUGAUAUACAUGCACCAGGAGGAUGGCUCCAUCCUCAACCCGGCCCACAAGCAGGUGUAUCAGGACAUGCACCAGCCCCUCAACCAUUAUUACAUCUCCUCCUCACACAACACAUACCUGAUGGCGGACCAGCUCAAAGGACCCAGCAGCACAGAAGCCUACAUUAAAGCUCUGAUGAAGAGCUGUCGCUGCGUGGAGCUAGACUGCUGGGACGGGGCGAACGGCGAGCCGGUCAUUUACCACGGAUACACACUCACAUCCAAAGUGCUCUUUAGAGACGUCAUUAAAGCCAUCAAAGACUACGCCUUCAAAACAUCUGACUACCCAGUGAUUCUGUCCCUGGAGAACCACUGCACCGUGGACCAGCAGAAGCUCAUGGCCAAUUACUUGAUCACCAUCCUGGGUGAUGCUUUGGUCUCCAAGCCGCUGGGCAACAACAUGCCCACCAACUUCCCCUCACCUGAGGAGUUGAAGCUAAAGUUCCUCAUCAAAGGGAAGCGAUCGAACAAACUGGAUGCUGCCCUCAACAACAACAGCUUCACCGAGGAAGACACCGUGUCUGAGGAGGACGAGGCAGCGGACUGUAAGGAGAACGACCAGAAAGCCAAAUCUAAGAAAUCAAAAAUCAAACUUGCCAAAGAGCUCUCAAACAUUGUCAUCUACUGCAAGAGUGUCCAUUUUAAUGGCUUUGAACACGCCAAGGACACGCAAGCCUUCUAUGAGAUGUCCUCCUUCAAGGAGAGUAAAGCUUUCAACCUGGCUGAGACUUCAGCGACGGCCUACAUCCAUCACAACAUGGAGAAACUCAGUAGGAUCUACCCCUCCGGCUCCAGAACGGACUCCUCCAACUAUAACCCAGUGCCCAUGUGGAAUGCUGGCUGCCAGAUAGUGGCGUUGAACUUCCAGACUCCCUCCAAGGAGAUGCACAUAAACCAUGGUCGGUUUCUGCCCAACGGGGGAAGUGGCUACAUCCUGAAACCAGAAUUUCAGAGAAGCCUGUCCUCUCAGUUUGACCCCAGCACACUUUCCAAAGGGCCCUGGCUAAAGAAGAAGACCUUUAAUGUGAUGGUGAUCUCAGCUCAGCAGUUACCGAAAAUCAACAAAGACAAACACAAAUCCAUCGUUGACCCCCUGGUGAGAGUGGAGAUCUACGGCGUCCCAGCAGACAAUGCCAGCAAGGAGACACACCACAUCGAUAACAAUGGGUUCAACCCGAUGUGGAAUGAGCAGUUUGUGUUUGACGUCCACUUCCCGGAGCUGGCCAUGCUGCGGUUUGUGGUGGAGGACUAUGACUCAACAUCCCCGAAUGAUCUCAUCGGGCAGUACUGUCUCCCGAUCACCAGCGUACAGAGCGGGUAUCGCCAUGUCCCGCUGCUCACCAAGAGAGGUGACGUCAUCUGCUCGGCCGGACUCUUUGUGCAUCUCAUGCUCACUGACCAGUAGGACGAACCUUCAUGUCGGCAGCAGCAUUUUUAUAAAAACUCUUGAAAGGAUCUUUGUCCAGUUUUAAAGCUAAACAUAAUUUAACUCAAGUAUAAAAGAAGUGUCAUAUGCCAAGCUGCUGAGUCUCAGUUUCCAGUCAUUGUAUACUUUUAGCUUUAAAAAAAAAAUGUUUUAAAGUAAGUUACAGAGUAUUUGUAUGUUAACAAAGAACGAGUGAAUGAAGAUGUUAAUGAAAGAGCAGAAUGGAAAAGUAUUUAAAGAAAGUCACGAAACUGUAUUUGCCAAAUUGGGGAGGAUGGUGGUACAAUGACAUCAUUUCCUGAGGCUCUUUAUACCUUCAGGAUCAUACAAUAUAUUUCUCAAGAAAUAGAAGUGAACUGUUUCAGUGACUCUUGAUGCCUUAAUUUAAGUUCAGUUAAACAGUAUAUAAUAAUUAAAAAAGGCAAAUGUUUUGCCCAUUGAAAGAGCCACGUGUGUCCGUUCCACAAUGCUUGUCAAAGUUUUAACAUCAAACAUAAAUCUGCUUUUAACAUAUUGAGCAUCAAUUCAUGUUGUCAAGUCUUUAAUGUCAAACUAAUAUUUUUAAAUGAUACUCGUCUUGUCUCUUAUCUGCAUUUGCACUGUAGCUCUCAAAUAAAACCAGCAGAGUCCCUGA